AUCAUUCUUUGAUAAAAAUAAAUCUAGACAAUAACUAAUUUUCUAACAUUCCUGACACCUUCGAAUAUAUGCAGAAUUUGCAAUAUCUGUAUUUGCGAUACAAUUUGAUAUCUGAGUUCUCAAAUAAUGACCAAAAUAUCAUUGAAACUCUUAGUACAAUAUCAAUUUACAUAGAAGGAAAUCCGAUCUCUUGUACCUGUUCAGCUAUUCAGUCUUUGCGAUGGAUGAGAAGUCAUAAACAUGUAUUUUCUGAUAUUGAUAAAACGUUAUGCGCAGGAAACCGAGUGCCUAUCAACCACUUAUUUCAUAAUGAACAAAUGUGGAGAAAAUUUGAUAAAGAAUGCCAAACUAAACAAUGGCUUAUUUUCUCUGUGGUAUUGAUUUUGAUUACUAUGUCUGUACUUCUGAUAGUGGCUGCUUUACGAAGAUACCGUGUACAUGUAGAAUAUGUCAUACUGCGGCUUAAAAACAGAUGGAAAGGUGUACAUUUACAAAACAAAGAAAACAACUACAUUUAUGAUGUGUUUGUGUCAUAUGGUGAGAAAGACUAUACCUGGAUUGUUCAUUAUCUGUAUCCAAAAUUAGAAAGCUUUAAUAUUAAGGCGUGGCUUAAGGACAGAGAUUCAAAUCCAGGAGAUUGGGAGGCAGAGGAGAUAGUGAAAUGUAUAAAUGAAAGUAGAAAAGUGUUGUUCGUGAUCACUGAAUGUUUUCUGGAGAGUGGUUGGGCCUCAUACGCCGUCCAGAUGGCGGUUACUCACGCCUUCCACAACCAGCGUCAGAGUUCCAUUGUUGUCAUCAUCAAAGACGAUAUACCGUUAGAGAGACUCCCGAACGAUAUCAAAAAUAUAUGGUGGUGCAUAGACUACCUUAAAUGGCCUUCAGAAAAAAGUGAAGACGAGGAUGUAUUGCGUCUUCAAUUGUCCAAUUUGCUCAAGCCCGCGUAAUUCUGAUUAAAGGGCUUUGAUGUGGGUUUUUUUUUAUUUCACUAUAAUUUGAAAUUAAAAAAAUAAAAUGUGAGAUGAGUUUGAAGAUCCAUCUUUUCAACAAUUCCCAAUAUAUAUGAUUUUCACGAUUGAAAUCAAAGCUCUGACAAUUUGAUUAAAGUUGAAUUUUUCAAGGAUAUUUUUUCAAAGAUUGAUGAGAUGUAGUUCUUUGUGUACUACAGUAUUCUGAACAGGUUUUAAGAACACUGAUAUAUAUUUGUUAUAUUGGUUAGUUUUAAACUUAAGUUAAUUUUUAUCCAAUUCUUUCCUCCAGAGUUAAAAUAUAUAUUGUUUUUAUACACCUUGACGGUUUCAAAACUACAAGUCUUUUUUUCUGUAAUGUUCUCGGUUUUCAAAUCGUUUGAACUAUUUUUUGUAUUACUUAAUGGUUAAAUAAUUUUUUUAAGCUUUGUAAUGUUUGUUUCAACUUGAUUUAUUCAUUAAUAUGUAUAUAUGAUUUAUAUUUGAUAUCUAUAGAAAAGAAAAAAAAAACUAUUAGCCAAUUAGUUAAAUUUUUUUCUCUUAAAGGUUCAAUUUCUAGUCAAAUAUGUUUAAUAAAAUAAUUAAAUAAAGUAAUGCUUCACUUCACACUAUUUU